ACGUUUCUCCCAGCUACUGCUGCUGCUGCUGCAGCAAGUGGAGGCGCCUGCCUUCGAGCGCACCUUGCCUUGUCACUGUAUUUUAGAGGAACGUAAUUUUUCGGCGGGCGUGGUCGCGCUGCUCAAAAGUCGCAUUCGAAUUUAAAAAAUCUCCUUUCGGAACUCCGGUCGCGCGUGAGUAUCGCGAGCGAAAGCAGACGUUCCAUCUUGUGAAACUGCGUUUCGAGAAAACAAUUCAAGUACAAGAACCUAGAAAAGUUGUACACAAUCUACCAAAGGAGGCUGCAAUAUGGUUACCUCUCGAUAUUCGUCUUGCUGCAGCUGGUGCUCGGAUUUGCAUAUUGUUUGACUCUGAUCUUGACGACGGUCAACAUGGAGGAAUGCCUGCCGGACCUCGUAGUCUACUGCAUCGUAGGCGCUUUGCUGUGUCCCGUGAUCGCCCUGUCGUUCAGGUCGAAGAUCAUCGCGAAGAACACCUAUCUACCGGUCAUGCUGUCCUGGCUGAUCGUCGUGUUGCUGGUCAUCGGUGACCUGGCCGUUCCAUUGUACUAUACCCUCACCUACACCUCCGAGGGCAUGCCACCGAUAAGGCCGGCAUAUGCGACACAUGCGCUUCUCGCAUGCUACGUGUUUCUGCCAAUCACGAAGAACUCGCACGCUUUCGUGCUCGGUCUUACGGCUACCAUGUGUUACCUGACGACUCUGUCAUUAAUCACUUACAGCAACACGUCCGAUUACAUUGCUAAGAUCAUCACCGACGCGAUAUACUUCGCGUGCGUGAACGGACUGGGACUCUACUUCAGGUUUAUGAACGAGGUCGUUAUCAGGCGCUCCUUCCUAGACCGUCGAAAGUGCGUCGAGUCCACGCUCAGACUCAACUAUGAGAAGGAUCAGGAAGAGCAACUGACGAGGAGUAUAUUGCCGCAGCACAUAGUGGCGAAAAUCAAAAAGGAUUUUAGGGAUAUCUUCAAGUUCAUAGAAGAACACAAAAAGUGUCCGCUACCAAAAGGUGGCAGGCCAAACAGUGAUUUGUGCGUGGAAACGCACAACAACGUGAGCAUCUUAUACGCGGACGUGGUGAACUUCUCCGGCCUGACCGUAACAUUACCGAUACGGAAGCUCGUGGAGACCCUGAACGACCUGUUCGGCAGUUUCGACGAGGCGUCGGAGCGACACAAUGUGCUGAGAAUAAAGUUCUUGGGUGAUUGUUACUACUGCGUGAGCGGCGUGCCUACGCCGAAUUCCCAGCAUGCCAAGAGCUGCGUCGAUCUCGGCCUUGAUAUGAUAAGAAUCAUCAACGAGGUGAGGGCGCGAGUCUAUCGCGAGAGUGGCGUGGACGUGAACAUGAGGAUCGGCGUACACUCGGGCAACAUAAUAUCCGGCAUUCUGGGCACGAACAAAUGGCAAUACGACGUUUGGUCGCGCGACGUGGUGAUAGCGAACAAGAUGGAACAAACGGGGAAACCCGGCAAGGUCCAUGUGACACAGCAAACGCUGGACCUCGUAAAUGCUAAUGACUACAACUGCGUGCCGGUUGACAGACUGGACGAUGAGGUCUUACGGAAGUACGGAAUACGUAGCUACCUCAUCACGCCGUCCUUACCAGAAACGCCGACGCCAACUCUAAGGCAGGUGCGUGUCUCCCAGUGGCGUAGGAAAAUUAUAAUUCGCAUUGAUUUGUGCGUGGAAACGCACAACAACGUGAGCAUCUUAUACGCGGACGUGGUGAACUUCUCCGGCCUGACCGUAACAUUACCGAUACGGAAGCUCGUGGAGACCCUGAACGACCUGUUCGGCAGUUUCGACGAGGCGUCGGAGCGACACAAUGUGCUGAGAAUAAACAUGCCAAGCUGCGUCGAUCUCGGCCUUGAUAUGAUAAGAAUCAUCAACGAGGUGAGGGCGCGAGUCUAUCGCGAGAGUGGCGUGGACGUGAACAUGAGGAUCGGCGUACACUCGGGCAACAUAAUAUCCGGCAUUCUGGGCACGAACAAAUGGCAAUACGACGUUUGGUCGCGCGACGUGGUGAUAGCGAACAAGAUGGAACAAACGGGGAAACCCGGCAAGGUCCAUGUGACACAGCAAACGCUGGACCUCGUAAAUGCUAAUGACUACAACUGCGUGCCGGUUGACAGACUGGACGAUGAGGUCUUACGGAAGUACGGAAUACGUAGCUACCUCAUCACGCCGUCCUUACCAGAAACGCCGACGCCAACUCUAAGGCAGAACAGCGAGCACACUUUGAGGGUCAUUAAUUCGGAGUCGCCACCACUGUCGCCGUAUUCCACUAACAAGCACUACGUGAAAUUCUAUAACGGGCGGUCCAAUACCACCAUGAGCACCACGUCCAGAGCAAGAUUGACAGUUAACACUCAGGCGGACUUCUUCGCGAGCACUUACAGGCGGAGGACGCACUUUAUGGAUUCCUGUUUGCGAGACUAUCAUUUGAUGUUAAAAGCAGCGGACGCCGAGAUGGAAAACGCUAUUAAUCAGAUGCCACUCAGCAAAUGGGAACAAUGGUGCAAAUGGGAGCACAUAAAUCCACUUUUUUUAACGUUUCAACAAUGGAGCUGGGAGAUUCCAUUUCUGCGCGAACCAGAUCCUCUUUUCAAGUUUUACAUUGGCUGCGCAACCUUCGUGGUGUUCUUCAUGGGACUCAUGUACCUCGUGCCCGCGCUUGUGCGUUCUCAAUGGCAUCUGAGCACGAUUGUCGGUUACUCCACAGCAAUGUUGUUCUUGAUAAUCCUGAUACCCCUUACGUGGAUGCACUUUGUAUGGAAUCGCUGCAAGGACCCUCACGAUGAGCACGAAGGACACGUACCGCAUCCGCGGAAUAAAGUGCUGUAUUUUCUGUAUCAGACAAGCGUAAAGGUUGUAUGGAGUGCUCUUUUAAGGACUAUUUUGUACCUGGUGAUUACAAUAAUGCUAGCAGCCUGCGCCAUGUUCGACAUGAUCUUCGCAUGUGGGAGCGUGGAGCACUUGCCGCUUUUUCCGAUUUUCAACAUAACAGCGAAGCAUAACACAACUCUCAAAUCCAACAUGUCGGAAAUCGGUGUCCCCGAGUUACAUUGCAUAUCUACACCUUGGCAAAUGACGGAGACUUGCUCGUUGGCGAUCUUCACAAGCUUCCUUUUCCUACGAGUCCAUUACGCCCUGAAAAUCGGAUGA